AUGAUGCACCGAGAAUCUUGCGCUUGUGGCACCAACAGUUUAGAACUGUUUAAAGUGCCCCCGACCAACGUCACUUUAGAAGAUUCGAAAUGGAUGGAAUAUUACCCCAUUUCCAGUACCCUCAACUCGGAUACGGCUCCGAUUGAAUUUGAAAUCAAAGGACAAGGAGAUGAAUAUCUGGAUUUAUCCCAAACUUAUCUCCAGAUGGUAUGUAAAUUCACGAAAGCCAAUGGAACGAAUCUCGCAGGAGGCAAUUCGACCUCGACCCCCGUGAAUAACAUUCUCCAUUCCUUGUUCAGUGAAAUCGAUGUCAGUCUCAAUGGAAAAGUCAUUACCCCGGGGACGGAUACUUAUCCCUACAAAGCGUAUAUGGAGAAAUUGUUGUCUUAUGCACCCAAGACUCUGGAAACCCAGAUGAGAGCCUGUAGCUUGUGGGAAAAAGAUACGGCAGGACAUAUGGAUGAGGUCAAAUUAGAAGCUCUGGCUCAAACUCCUGUGGAAUUUGCAGUAGUGAAUAACAAAGUCAACAUCGCGGCCGUCAUCCCGACUCCCGACUAUCCGGAUGAUUCCAAGAAUGUAGGGUUGAGAAAACGUCACGAGAAGAUUACAGACAGUAAGGAGAUCGUGUUGAUGGAUCGAUUACAUCUGGAUUUGUUUGAGCAAGAGAAAUGUCUCCCUAAUGGCUUGGAUGUCCGUCUCAGAUUCAAUCGCGCUCGACCCCAGUUCUACAUGAUGACCGAUGCCGGGAGUAGUGGGAAAGUGGUCAUUCAAAGUAUGAUCUUGUGGGUGAGGAAAGUCAAACCUGUGCCGAGUAUCAUUAAUCUCAUCAAUCAGCAACUGAGUACUCAAACGGCGAAAUAUCCAUUGAGACGAGUGGAAGUGAAAACCUUCACCAUUCCUAGUGGCACCCAAUCUAAAAUCACCGAUCAUCUGUUUCAAGGACAGAUGCCUAAACUGAUCGUGUUGGGCUUUGUGGACAAUGCGGCUUUUAAUGGGGAUAAUACCAGAAACCCCUUUCAUUUCCAAAAUGAGAAAGUCAAGAAAUUAGAAAUCAGUAUCAAUGUAGAAAUGAUGGAAACCCGACCUUUGGAACCUAAUUUCACCGACGAUCAGUACCUGAGAUCGUAUUUGAGUCUGUACAAAGGCUUGGGAAAAUUAGGCCAGGACUGGGCUCCGGACAUUACCCUGGAAGAGUAUAAAAACGGUUACACCCUCUGGUGUGUGGAUUUCACGAAAGAUCAAGAAGCCCAGACGGAUAAAUUUCAUCUCAUACAGACUGGGAACUUGAGAGUGGAAGUGCAAUUUGCCGCCAACGUGGCCAGGACCUUAAACUGUGUGGUGUAUGCCGUGUUCGACAAUCUGCUAGAAAUCAACAAACAACGAGAAGUCAGUAUCGAUUACUAA